UGUCCUGCCUCUGCCCAGCCUGACUGCCUCUCCCACAGUGGAACAUGUGGCCUGUCAUGGGGGAGCCCCAGGGAACAUGAACACAGUGACAAAAUGCAGCGUUGCCACCAGUUCAGAUGGACCAGGAGCUUUAUUGGAGGACUGACUUUAUUUCUUACAGCUGUUGGGAGGUUUCUGUUCCUUUGAAGCUGAGGAGAGCACAGCGGUGUGGGAGUGCUGUCUCACUUCAGAGGUGUGAACACAUCCUGUUUACAUCUGCCACCCAGACGGGAGGCUGAGGGAGCCCACGGCUGAGGCACAGGGGGAAGCGCCAGGCACGGGAGAGCGGCGGCAGCGGGACAGGCCCUGGCAUGGACACAGUGCCCGUGUACCACGGGGCCAUCACCCGAGAGGCUGGGGAGAAGCUGCUGCUGGCGGCGGGCACGGACGGCAGCUACCUGCUGCGGGACAGCGAGAGCAUCCCGGGGGUCUACUGCCUCUGCGUGCUGCAUCAGGGUUAUGUUUAUACCUACAGAGUGUCCCAGACAGAAACUGGAUCCUGGAGUGCUGAGACAGCGCCUGGGGUCCCCCGGAGGCUCUUUCGGAAAGUGCACAACCUCAUUUCGGCCUUCCAGAAACCCAACCAAGGCAUUGUAACACCCCUGCAGAACCCAGUUGUCAACCACGUGAAAGCCAACUACUCCCCAGGGAGGAAUGAAGGCUAUGACUUCCACCUGCAGCCAUCAUGAGGAUGUCUCACCAAGUGUGACAUAACCACAUCUUCCAGCAUCUCCUCUAAUCUAUGCUUUAAAACAGAAUGGUGUAUAUGAUAGUAAAUACAACUCUGUGAGUUUUCUUGUAACAUUUGCAGAAAUGUGUAUUUCAUAGAAUUUAUUGCUCAAGAUGUAGAAGUUUAGAUUUCAGAGUACUUUGAGCUUAGGGUGGGAUAUUUUUUGGUUUUGUUUUGGUUUUUCCCAAGAGAGAAUAAAAAAGCAUGAACUGCUAAAUAUUUUAUGUCUUUUUUUCCCCCAUUGUACUGUCAAAUAAAAAUAUUUUUCCCUUCAAGAUCAGUUCUUAAUUAAUAAUUAGUUAUUAAUUUUACAUUGCUUAACUUUGGAUCAUGCUUUGCUUUGUUCUAGUUGGCAUUUAUGCAGAAUUGGGCAAGUCCCCUUCUAUAACCUUAGGAGACUUGUUUACAUUAAAGUGUCCUUGCCUUGGA